GUCGUCGUCCGUUGUCCGUGGUGAUGUUACGAACAUAAUUGUCUAGGUCCAUCCACGACGCGGGCGUUUAUUUCCACCCGUUAUGAUAUGGAUUAGGUUGGACUGCGCAUCCGAAGGACGGGACGAAAUUUGAAUCGCACACCGAGGAAAGUGUGUUUGUGUCGAGAUAACGUCGCUGAAUCAGUGAUGAUGUUCACUCUCACUGAAGUUGCAUCCCUGAAUGACAUCCAACCGACAUACCGUAUCCUGAAGCCAUGGUGGGAUGUCUUCAUGGACUACCUAGGGCUGGUCAUGCUUAUGCUGGCCAUCUUUGCCAUGACCAUGCAAAUCACCAAGGACCAAGUGGCGUGCCUGCCCUGUCUGGAGGAAACAGAGGACUUGCCAACAGCGGGACCCAACUCUUGCACAGGACAAAGUCCACAGGAAGCCACUAGCUCACCUGCAAUCACCAGGCCCAUAUUGGUUGCCACUGCCCCAUUAGCCUCUAAAGACUUACCAGAUAGAGCUGUCCAUGAGAUCCACACCACAUACCAACACACGAGUGCUGUGAAGGCAGAGAAAUAUACUGGACAGCCUCAGCCGACAGGGCUCAGCACUAACCUGGACUUUCAGCAGUAUGUAUUUGUCAACCAGAUGUGUUACCAUGUUGCCUUGCCCUGGUACUCUAAGUACUUCCCAUACCUUACCCUCAUCCAUACGCUUGUACUCAUGGUCAGUAGUAAUUUCUGGUUCAAAUACCCCAAAACAAGCUCAAAGAUUGAACACUUUGUGUCUAUUCUGGGUCGAUGUUUUGAGUCUCCUUGGACUACAAAGGCUUUGUCUGAAACUGCCUGUGAGGACUCCGAGGAGAACAAACAGAGGUUGACUGGUACGUCCUCAGCACCAAAACAGGUAUCGCUAGAGGGGAAGGAGGAUGGCACCAAUGCAAACUCUUCCACUCCCAUGCUAGGAAAUACUGGGGUGAAGUUCUCAGCUGAUAAGCCAAUUACUGAGGUCCCAAGUAUGACAAUACUUGACAAAAAAGAUGGAGAGCAAGCGAAAGCCUUAUUUGAAAAGGUGAGGAAAUUUCGAGCUCAUGUGGAGGACAGUGAUUUUAUUUAUAAGCUUUAUGUUGCCCAGACUGUUGUAAAAACUCUCAAGUUCAUUUUGAUAUUGUCUUACACUUCAACCUUCAUGGCUGCCAUCAAAUUUGAGCACCUCUGUAAGCCUGACAUAAAACAUUUAACAGGGUACAGACAAUUCUUCUGUACUCACAACAUGGCUUUUAUGCUGAAAAAACUUCUCCUGAGUUACAUGGCUUUGAUAUUGAUUUAUGGGAUUGUGUGCUUGUACUCUCUCUUUUGGCUAUUCCGACGACCCCUUAAAGAGUACUCAUUUGAGAAGGUCAGAGAAGAAAGCAGCUUCAGUGAUAUUCCUGAUGUAAAGAAUGAUUUUGCAUUCCUCUUACACAUGGUUGACCAAUAUGACCAACUCUACUCCAAGCGGUUUGGUGUCUUCUUGUCCGAGGUCAGUGAGAACAAACUAAGGGAGAUCAGCCUCAACCACGAGUGGACCUUUGAAAAACUUAGACAGCUGGUGACUCGAAAUGCACAGGAUCAACAGGAGCUGCACCUCUUCAUGAUCUCUGGCCUCCCUAAUGCAGUGUUCGAUCUCACCGACCUGGAGGUUCUAAAACUGGAACUGAUUCCAGAGGUAAGGUUCUCAGCAAAGGUCUCCCAAAUGACCAGCCUGCAGGAGUUGCAUCUUUGCCACUCCCCUGCCAAAGUAGAGCAGACAGCCUUUGCCUUCCUGCGGGACCAUUUACGCUGCCUUCAUGUCAAGUUCACUGAUGUUGCAGAGAUAUCACCUUGGGUUUACCUGCUGAGAAGUUUGAGGGAGCUUAACUUAGUCGGGAAUCUGAGCUCAGAAAAUAACAAAAUGAUAGGUCUAGAGUCCAUGCGUGAUUUGAGGCACUUAAAGACGCUGUGCCUAAAGAGCAACCUUACAAAAAUGCCCACAAAUAUCACAGAGCUGUCACCACAUCUAAUAAAACUAGUGGUGCACAACGAUGGUACAAAACUAGUGGUACUUAACAGUCUGAAAAAGAUGACAAACUUGGCAGAACUGGAGCUGCACAGCUGUGAGCUGGAGAGGAUUCCACAUGCUAUUUUCAGUUUGACCAACCUUCAGGAGCUUGACCUCAAAUUGAACAACAUUCGAACCAUUGAGGAGAUCAUCAGCUUUCAGCACCUUAAAAGGCUCACAUGCCUUAAACUGUGGCACAACAAAAUCAUAACCAUUCCAUCCUCCAUCGGCCAGGUUAAGUCACUGGAGUCACUCCACCUCUCGCACAAUAAACUGGAGUCCCUGCCACCAGCCCUGUUCACCUUACUGAAACUCCGACACCUGGAUGUGGGCCACAAUUCCAUUACAGUGCUUCCAUCAGACAUAAGUUUUCUCCACAACCUCCAGCACUUUGCCAUCAAUUCCAAUAAGGUGGAAACACUUCCCAAGAAUCUCUUCAAGUGCACCAAGCUCAAGGUGCUUUGUCUGGGGAACAAUGGGCUCACCGUACUGCCAGAGACUGUGGGCCAACUGGUCCAGCUCACUCAGCUGGAGCUGAGAGGGAACUGUCUGGACCGACUUCCUGCCCAGCUGGGCAACUGCCGCCUGCUACGUAAAAACUGCCUGGUUGUGGAGGACCACCUGUUUGACACUCUGCCUGUGGAAGUGAGAGAGAGCAUCAGUCAAGAGACCAAUGUGUCUUUUACCAGUGGCUUAUAGCACAAAGGUUUUAAUGACAGAAACAAAGGCAGGCUGUCAGUUAGUUCUAUGAGGGUUUAUUGUUAACCUCACACAGUGUUGGAAAUGUUGAACAUUUUACUAUUUUUUUUAUUAUUAUAUUCACUGAAAAAAUAACUUAUUUUGUUGAUUAUUUUGAUAGUCUUAGUCUGUUGUAGUUGCACUAAAUAUGGAUUAUUUCUAGAAAGAAAGAGUGCGUUCUUUAUUGUUGAGUGUAUGAUUUGAUGCAACAAUUCAUUUAUUGGCACUUAGCAUUUCCUUGCCUCGUGUUAAAAUAAGAAAGAAAAUAUUUUAAACAAAAACGUUUUAGCUUCUUAGUGUAAUCUCACAUUGACCAAAACUGUUCGUUGUAAUGACAUGUAGACUUUAACAUAAUUGUAUUGUCCUAGGUACUCAGGUAAUAAUUGUAACUAUGGGGAACAGUCUUUUGCCUUAACUGCUGCUAUUUUUUUACAGCCAGGGCUUUCAAAACAAAAGCCAAAAUGUUAUUUUGUGUUUUCCUGUCAAUCUACAUUAAUAGAUUGUCCACAGAGCAUCUAGUAUACCUGGUGUAUACUAUGAUUGAAACAGAGAGGCCACAAUACACUCUCUUUCUCAACAUUUCAAUAUUGUUAAAACCAUUUCAAAUCGUCACUGUGUUGUAGGUAACAGAUUGAAUUUGGAUUAAAAUGUGACGGCAGUAGUUCAGAGACUAGAUGGGGCUAAUGGUUGGAAAGGGAGAGCCAGAAAUGAACUUUUGCCCUCAUGUGGUAAAUAUUGUAUACUGACUGAGCCCUAUAGGAAUUCUAUCGCACAAUGAAAAUCCAAUGUUUAUUCAACGAUUGCUGAAUGCUAUUUGUAACAAUUGCUUUAGAAACAUUAUGCUUAAUCAAACCUCUUUAAAAGACAAAAACAACUCUAGAGAGAGAGCAUGGGAGACAUGUUUUAAAGCUUUUAUUGUUAUUUUGUUCAAUGGAAUUUGUGUCAUAAUUGGUUUGAUUAGGACUGCUUAUCCUAAAAGUGUAACAUUCAGAAUUGUUUAAAGACGAUGAACAUGCCUGCCUUCAUUGUUCCAAAUGUAUGUUAGUGUUCAUAAGUGUUCUUCACUGAUACAACUGGCGCUGUAUCACCCUGAUAAUCACGUGUUUGAAGUUCACAACUUUACGGCACAAUAAACCAAGAUGAU